CCAAAUAGUCUCACAACACUCAAAUUCGGUUAUUAUUUUAACCAAGUAAUUCUACCCGGCACAUUACCAAAUAGUCUCACAACACUCACAUUCGGUCAUGAUUUUAACCAAGUAGUUCUACCCGGCACAUUACCAAAUAGACUCACAACACUCACGUUCGGUUAUAAAUUUAACCAAGUAAUUCUACCCGGCACAUUACCAAAUAGUCUCACAACACUCACAUUCGGUCAUAAUUUUAACCAAGUAGUUCUACCUGGCACAUUACCAAAUAGCCUCACAAAACUCACGUUGGGUGUACUAAAAAAAAAAAAAAUUAACUUAAACAAUGAAUUUUAA